GUGAGGGCGGAUCCCGACGGGACCCGGUGACGUGUCUUGUGUUACAGCUGCCCGCCCCGGCGCGGCUCUUGGCCGGCCUGGGUUUGGCGUGUCGGGUGAGGUGGAAGGGAGAGAAAGAAGAAAGGGCGACGGCGAGAAAGACGGAGGUGUCACCGGAAAGGCGCCUGUUAAACACCUCUGCUGUCCGCUGCUUUGAAAGGGGAAAGCACGCCGGCCCGCUCGCCCUGAGCCAUGUUCAACGUCGAGAGUCUGGAGCGGGCCGAGCUCGGGGAGAGCUUGCUGACUUGGAUCCAGACAUUUAAUGUUGAAGCACCAUGCCAGACUGUAGAAGAUUUAACAACUGGAGUUGUGAUGGCUCAAGUACUUCAAAAGAUAGAUCCAACAUAUUUUGAUGAAAAUUGGCUAAAUAGAAUAAAAAGAGAAGUAGGAGAAAACUGGAGAUUGAAGGUGAGCAAUCUGAAGAAAAUUUUAAAAGGAAUUUUGGAUUACAACCAUGAAAUUUUGGGACAACAGAUUAAUGAUUUUAUCCUUCCUGAUGUUAACUUGAUUGGGGAGCAUUCUGAUGCAGCAGAGCUUGGAAGAAUGCUUCAGCUUAUUUUAGGCUGUGCUGUAAACUGUGAACAAAAACAAGAGUAUAUUCAGACCAUCAUGAUGAUGGAGGAAUCUGUUCAACAUGUGGUCAUGACAGCCAUUCAGGAGUUGAUGAGUAAAGAGUCUCCGGUCACUGCUGGAAAUGAUGGUUACGUUGAUCUUGACCGUCAGUUGAAGAAAACAACGGAAGAAUUAAAUGAAGCCUUAGCAACCAAAGAAGAAAUUGCUCAGAGAUGCCAUGAGCUGGAUAUGCAAGUUGCCGCAUUGCAGGAAGAGAAAAGUAGUUUGCUAGCUGAGAACCAGGUCUUAAUGGAACGCUUAAAUCAGUCUGAUUCCAUAGAAGACCCAAACAGUCCAGCAGGACGUAGACAUCUACAGCUCCAGACACAGUUGGAGCAGCUCCAAGAGGAAACCUUCAGAUUAGAAGCAGCAAAAGAUGAUUAUAGAAUUCGUUGCGAAGAGUGAAAAGAAAUUACAGAUUUACGGCAACAAAAUGAAGAAUUAACAAAUCUAGCUGACGAAGCUCAAUCUCUGAAAGAUGAGAUGGAUGUAUUAAGGCACUCAUCUGACAAAGUAGCCAAGUUAGAAGGCCAAGUAGAAUCAUACAAAAAGAAGCUAGAAGAUCUUGGAGACCUUCGGAGGCAAGUAAAACUUUUGGAAGAGAAAAACACAAUGUACAUGCAAAACACGGUGAGCUUGGAAGAAGAACUGAGGAAAGCCAAUGCAGCUCGCAGCCAAUUGGAAACGUAUAAGAGGCAGGUGGUUGAACUUCAAAACAGAUUGUCUGAAGAAUCCAAAAAAGCAGACAAACUAGAAUUUGAGUACAAGAUGCUGAAAGAAAAAGUAGAUAGUUUCCAAAAAGAAAAAGAUCGGCUAAGGACAGAAAGAGAUUCUUUAAAGGAAACAAUUGAAGAGAUCCAUUGCAUAAAAGCACAAGAAGGACAACUAACUACUUCAGGAUUAUUACCUUUGGAAGGUCAAGAAUCUUCUGACAGUUUGGCAGCAGAAAUUAUUACUCCAGAAAUAAAGGAAAAGCUUAUUCGCCUUCAACAUGAAAACAGAGUGCUAAAACUUCACCAGGAGGGCUCUGACAAUGAGAGGAUUGCUUUGCUGCAGAGUCUCUUGGAUGAUGCCAAUCUGAGAAAGAAUGAAUUAGAAACAGAGAACAGGCUUGUAAACCAGAGAUUGCUUGAAGUACAAUCUCAGGUUGAAGAAUUACAGAAGUCUUUGCAGGAGCAAGGAUCAAAAGCUGAAGAUUCAGUCAUUCUGAAAAAGAAACUUGAUGAACAUCUUGAAAAGCUCCAUGAAGCUAAUAAUGAGCUUCAGAAGAAACGGGCAAUCAUUGAAGAUUUAGAACCCCGUUAUAACAAUAGUUCACUCAAAAUAGAAGAAUUGCAAGAAGCUUUGUGUAAAAAAGAAGAAGAAAUGAAGCAAAUGGAAGAACGAUACAAAAAAUAUUUGGAAAAAGCUAAAAGUGUCAUCCGUACUUUAGAUCCCAAACAGAACCAAGGUUCAGCACCUGAAAUUCAGGCACUAAAGAAUCAACUGCAGGAACGUGAGAGGAUGUUCCAUUCCUUAGAGAAAGAAUAUGAAAAGACAAAGAGUCAAAGAGAAAUGGAGGAGAGAUACAUUGUCAGUGCCUGGUACAAUAUGGGGAUGACUCUUCAUAAAAAAGCAGUAGAAGACAGACUUGCUAGUACUGGUUCAGGACAGUCUUUCCUAGCUAGGCAAAGGCAAGCCACCAGCACAAGGAGAGCUUAUCCGGGCCAUGUCCAGCCAGCCGCAGCAAGGUAGAGAGUCCUUGCCUUGCCUUUUGAAUGGAAGCCAUCCUGGAAUCAAGACGUACUUCUGUUAUAAGUGACUGUAUUUCAGGAAAACCUAGCCAGCAUUCUUUCAGUAUUGUCUCUUCAUGUCUCAUUUCCAGAAGAGAACUUUUCUUUUUAAUUUUCUUCUUCUUUUCUGGAGUCUUCCUUUUGUCUUUUAAUGUGCCAAGAUGUUGAAAAAACACCCAAUGGGAAAGUUAUUAAUGGAAUUUUCCCAUACCCCUUUUCAUAUGCAGUUGUCAUCUCUUAAAAAACCCUAUAAUGUUUUCUUUUUCACACUAAUUUGAUCUGUUUGAAUUGGGUAUUGCAAUUUUUAACUUUGCUACGCAGGAAGAUGUGUAAUAUUACUUGCAAAGAUUAGAUAGACAUGCUGGCAGAAGUUGUAAGAACCCGAUGAGACAUAUUCAUGACAUUAUCUUAUGCUGCUGUUAAUUCGUUUACUUUGGCUUCAUCUGGUUGAUUGUUUAAAUGCUGCUUUAAAAAAAAUGCCCUCCAUUACUGAGGAGUGUUUUGAUAGGUCAAUAAGAAGGACAAACCAUUGACAUUGGUACUGAUGUCUUAGGGUAAUUAAGAUCAUUCUACCAUGUAAACUUGCUAACCUGUUGUGCUAAGUGAUAUUUCAUGCCUGUGCAGUUAUCGAUCUGUCAGAAGUACAGUUAGUGUUUCUCUGAUUCUGCAAGUUAUGAAUUAUGGUUUCGGAGCUACCUAUUACACCCUUCUCAAAUAUUUGGGAUUAACUCAAAUUAAACAGUUCCAUAUGGAUGGAGGUUUUAUUGAAAACUUUAGUAGAGAGAUUUUUUUUGCUGUAUGUUUUUCUAAACAUAAGCUUAUGUUAACUUUUUAAGAAUAUCUCAAGAACCUUGGCUCUCUUUGGGUCGAAGGUAAGGUAAGAACCCUGUUUUUCAUUCUGAACUGAGUGUAUAUGGAUUUUAUCACCAUAUUUAUUUAGGUAUGGAUAUUAUUCCCCUCAUUUUUGUUAAUGCAUUCAUACUGUGCACAACAAUUUUCUGACUUAAAGACGCUUGUUUUUAACUCAUUGCCAUCUAAGCACAUGAAAGAAGUUUUUGAAAUCCACUCAUGUAAAGGUGACAAAAUAAGAUGUAAUGCCAUUGGUCCUUCUGUAGAAUGGUUCCAGUAUUUGAUAAAGUAGGCCAGAUGAUGUCCCUGCUGCAGAAAAAUCAUUUCAUAAUCAGUGUAUGGCUAAUUCCUUUGAUAGGUUUUUACACCUAUAAGCAAAUGAUAUUAGGUAAUCAUUAUGAUUUUUGUGCUAAUGCAAAAAUAUAUAUCAGAUUUUGUUGAUUAAACUUACUUUGAUAAAGCCUAUACAGUACUUACUCUUUCGAGAGUUAACUUGUUCAAGUUAUAUAGAAGGUCUAACAUUCUUAAUUGACUACUUCUGUGCUUUUGUAUGCAAAAACAGAGCAAAACUCAUAUCUGAAGAUGUUUUUUCUGCCAACUAUUAUGGUAAUCUAAUGAAACCUGAUUAUUUAGUCUUGCCUGAAAAAAAACCCUUGAAUGUAAUUUUUCAUAAAUAGAUCUAUCUUCUCUUCUUUUUCAACUUUCAGUCUAUUCACUAGCUCUCCUUUCUGACUAGUUAUUAUUGAGGUUUUGAUCAGCUUUAUUUCAUGUUUUUUAAUUAGUCUUUUAUAUUUUUCACCUUUCCUGAAAGCACCUUGAAUUUAUUUCUCCAGUCUGGCUAGUUCAGAUCUACUUGUGCAGAAGUGAUAAGUAUGUCCGAUGUAAAAUCUAAUUCUUUUAAGGCUUUGCAAUUUACAUAUUUCUUUGAUUUUGAUGCCCAGACACACAUUUCUGGAAGUUUAAAAAAAUGAAAGUCAAAUAUCAUAUUAAGAAAGCCAAAGAAAGUUAGUGGCCGGUAUUUCCUACUGAAAUAAGUGGGAUAUUAGUUGCAUCUAACUGUCCUUAAUUUAUGGAGGAGUCAUGUAUGGCUGUGUAAUUUGUUGAAUUCAGGAGCUGUGUAAUUUGUUGCUACAUGCAGACUCUCUGGCUAAGGUAAUUUGAAGAAAAAAUCAUGUAGGAUCUUCAAACUAGUCUACACUUUUAGUUUGAAACAUUUCUUAUAACACUAUUUGCAACAUCAAGAUUUCAAAAAUUCUGAUAGAGUUGUGUUAAAGUUGGAUUCUAUUUUGUUAUACUAUUGUUUCUAGAAUUUUAUAAUUAGGUUUUUUUCCGUUACAAGUUUUUCUUCUUCUUUCAUACUUGUGACAUGGCUAAUUUUCUCCUAUUAAUCAUGAUUUUUAAUGUAUGAAAUGAUCAGUUAAAUCUUAAUUCCAAUGAGAUACUGAAAACUUAAGGAAUUCUAGGAAAUGAAUGCAGGUAACCUGCUAGCACACCAAAUAUUUAAUAUUUCCUACUGCAUUCUUGAAUGUACCUUUAGGGUAGGCAUAUCAGGUUGAGAAAAUUAACCAUUAAUUAGCCAUUAAAAUACACCGGAGGGACGUAUUUCAUUUCAGUAUUGGGUUAUGAGCACAAUAAACAUUGUUCAUAUUUCUGGGAAAGGAAUGUUUGAUAUGAAUUUUUUGUUAUAUCAUUUAGCUGAAUUUACAUGGCUGAAAAACUAGGCUGCAGCUUCAUUAUUAAGACAGUUGACAGUGGGUUGCUCACUUCCAUUAUCCUUCUUUUACAGAAGCAGCAAGAGACAUUGCUCCUUAGCCAGGGUUUUUUUUCAGUCUUAUGUUUUUUGCAUAAAGGUUACAGAUAGUCUUUACCUUAUAAUGAGCUUUAGGCCAUCUACAUGGUAAUCCUGGCCUCAUGUACCGAUGUCUGAAGCUGCCUUUUGGCUAGAAAACUAAUUAGACUUUCAGUUUGGAUUCUGAAAGUCUGAAGCUGGAAUAUAAUUCAAGAUGGACUAUUUUCAUGUGUGAAAAUAUACCUAAUUAUUUUUUCCACAAAUAAUUGCCCAGUUUGAGCUGGGUUUUCAGAAGACAUUUGGGCAACUAGAGGACUGAAUGCGAUCAGGGAAAAGCAGAUUUGUUAAUCAAACUGCAAGAGGCAUAGUAUAAGAGAAGCUGUGGAAAGUUUUUGUGCAAAAUGACUUAACAAUUUCAAGUGUUUUCAGCUGUUUUAUGUUACAUUUGGCAUAUUAAAAAGCUUGAUUGCUAUAUACAGCAAAGUCUCCUAUAUAAAUAGCUUAUGAAUUCAUAUAUGCAACCAGGCAGGGAACUGCUAGAUAGAAUUUCCUUUCUUUCUUUUAGUAUAUUGUCUAGUACAGAUAAUGCCCAAAG